AUGGCCGUGGUCGCGGGGUUGCCGCCGGCGCAGUCUGACUCGCUGUGGUCGACGCUGGAGGACCAGCGUGGAGACGUCCCGCUGCUCUCGUCGGCCUGGAGCCUGCCGGGUGAGGCGGAAUGGCGGGCCAAGAAGGGGUUUCUUGGCCGUGCCUGCUCCGCGGUGGCACGGCUACCGGAGGCGCUGGCUGCCGGGGCCACAGAGAUCUGGGCAUUCGUGCGGGCUGACCGCCGGAGGCCCGUCUUUGCGGCCAAGGUCGGGCUCGCGCUCGCCAUCAUCUCGCUGCUCAUCUUCCUCCAUGAGCCGGAAGAGAUCGUCAGCCACUCCAUCUGGGCCAUCCUCACCGUCAUCUUCAUCUUCGAGUUCAGCAUCGGUGCAACAUUAAACAAAUGUUUCAACAGAGGAUUAGGAACACUUACUGCUGGAGGUCUUGCACUAGCAGUUGCUGUAUUGUCUAAGAACUUGGGGAAAAUGGAAGACAUGAUUCUCAUUACGAGCAUCUUUACUAUUGCUUUUUGCACAAACUUGGCCAAGCUACAUCCAAAGAUGAAGCCUUAUGAUUAUGGAUUUCGUAUAUUCUUGGUGACAUACGUUAUUGUCAUGGUCUCUGGAUACAACACACGGAAGAUCACUGACAAGGUUGUAAGUAGAUUUUUAUUGAUUGCUCUUGGUACUGCUCUCACUGUUGGAAUCAAUAUAUGUAUUUACCCAAUCUGGUCUGGAGAGGAUUUGCACAAUUCAGUCGCGAAGAAUUUUGCCGGUGUUGCAAAAUCGUUAGAAGGUUGUGUCGAUGAAUACCUGAAAUGCGUGGAGUAUGAAAGGAUACCAUCAAGACUACAUACAUAUCAAACUUCUGAUGAUCGUCUAUAUAGUGGGUACAGGGAAGCUGUCGAGGCAUCAGUAAAAGAGGAAACCCUGUUAGGUUUUGCUAUAUGGGAACCACCCCAUGGCCCUUACAGAAUGAUGGGCUAUCCUUGGAAGAGCUUCACGAAAGUUGGUGGAGCAUUGAGGCAUUGUUACUUUGCAGUCAUGGCAUUGCAUGGUUGCAUUCAUUCAGAAAUUCAGGCAUCGCCAGAAAAGAGAAAGGUCUUUAUUGCACAAAUUCAUAAAGUUGGAAGAGAAGGUGCUAAAGUGUUGUGUGAGAUUGGAAACAAUGUCAAGACAAUGACCAAGUUGAGGUCUUCAAAUAUUUUAUUUGAAGUCCACUUGGCAGCUGAGGAGUUGCAAAAAAAGAUUGAUGAGAAGUCAUAUCUUCUGGUGAAUAUUGAAAGAUGGAACACUAGCAAGCCAGCUGAAGGAAUAAAUGAUGCCAUCAAUGGUAGUAAUGUCCAUGCCAAAGAAAUAAACAAUGAAGUGACCGAACCUAAAAUUGCUGAUCAAAUUUUGGUGAACCAUUAUAAGAGUUUGCCUGCUAGUUCAUUUGUUAGCAUAUAUGAUUCUCAAUCAAAAAUGGAUGAUUACAAGGCACUACUAUCUUGGCCUGCUCGAAGAUCAUUCCAUCCAAACUUCCCACUUGAAGCUGAAGAGUCAAAAACAUAUGAAAGUGCAAGUGCCUUAUCCCUGGCCACAUUUGCCUCACUUCUAAUCGAGUUUGUUGCCCGGUUACAAAAUCUUGUUAAUGCAUUUGAAGAGCUGAGUGACAAGGCUAACUUCAAGGAGCACACGGAAGAGCCUUCUGCAGUUAUAAGAGCAAGUUUAAUAGUAUAG